CGACAACAUGCGGCGCCUUCGCGCUCGAUGUCGCCAUCAACUGCAUUUUCGAAUGGCCUACAGCCAGUGGGCCCUGAUAUGAUGGCUUCGAGGGAGAAACGAGUGUCGCGUACUGACAUCGACUUUGAGCAGGCGUUGCGAGGGGAAGGUACUUUCAUGCUCAAGGAAGGUCUCGACGUCAAUGCGCUUGGCGUUGAAAGCCCCAUGCCUGCGACUAGGGCCUUUCAUUCACCACACCUGCCUCCCAAGCCUACACAGCCGGCGACGCCAAUCGUCGUCCCACCUACGCCAUCUCCUGUGGCAGGUCCGUCAUCAUCUAUCAGGGUCGUCAGUCCGCCGUCAUCAUCGUCGCCGUCAUCGGGCGACAUUUUCUUCGAUAGCAACGACGUCGACCACCAGGUCAAGCGUCGUUCUAUGUAUCGAUCACCAGGGACCUCGAGCAGCCCUGAUUUGGCGACGCUACUGCGGAAGACCAAAGAGAAGAGUGGCAGUACACCGAGUGUCCAGCACAAACUAGAGAAACGACGUGAUUGUCCUCCGCCUUUGCCUGAUCGCGGCGGUAGUGGUCGCCAGCGCUCUUCAACUGCCCUUCCUCCCGGUCAGACCUCAACAACAACAAUCUCUUCCUCGUCGAAAGUGAGUGAUCUAAGGCCUUUUGCGCUCCCAUUAAGCCUUUUUCUGCAGCCGGCAAAGUCGUCUGUACGGGCCAAGACGAGCGCAUUUUUGGGCAAGGUCCUCGGAGGUACAGGAACUGUACGAGAGCGAUCUAAGACGGACGCCAGCAGUUCAUCGUUGUUUCAACCCCUGGCACCUCCAGUGCCGCCGAUACCGUCUGAGUAUCAGCGUGCAACGCCUGUAGGCUCCCCGAUUGCGGACGUUUUUUCAUCAUCACCCAAAGAGUCUACACUGUCUACGUCUCCAACUUCGAGUAAACCUCUCCCCCCUAUUAUUGGUCAGCCGGUGGACCUCGAUGACGAUCAGUCCAUGGUACUCGUUGAACGAGUGCCUCGAACGCCAUCACCCGAAAAGACUCAAAGCAAAGGAGCAGGAGGAACAUUUAGCAAACGCCGAAGUAUGAGUGUCGGUGAUGUAGAGUUACAGAGAUCUGUAACGGCAUUAUCUCCCAUGGCCAAGACACCGGAAACAAAACGAGGUGCAGGUGCAGAUGACACAUCUUUCAAUGGGAUUUUGAAUGAUUUCAAAGGUAAACUUUCUCAGCUGGAAUCCGCUUCUAAGCCAUUGGAUCUUCGUGAUCCAUCAACUCCUGGCCGUCGAGCUGCAUAUUUGAGAUCAAAGACUGACACUCUCGUUUCUUCUGGUCGUUCAGAAAUAUCAACGCUCACCAAACAUGCUUCGUUAACUGCGCCCACGUUGACCCUCCAUUUGGAUGAACCGGAAGAAAGCAAAUCGAAUCUGCUCUCUCCGUCUCCCAUCGUCCCGCCACGCACCUCUUCCCUACAAAUGCCUGCUCGUUCAGGCAUAGGUCCAACUUCAUUCAACUCGCCACGAGUACGUGGUUCGAGUCCAUUGCGAGGGACUCCUGGAUCUCGGGGCCUGCGUGGUAUGCAUCGUUCAACGGCUUCGAGUUCUGAACCUUCCUUGAUACCCGACGGAGAUAGUGCUCGUACAGUUUCUCGUGCGCCAGCCAAUUCACAACAAGACUUAACCGUCUAUGAUCUCUCUCUUUCUCGCUAUCCCUCUUCAAGCCACUCUCCUGCUCGGGGAGAUGACACGACCGAUACUGAGACCAGAGCUAAGGACCUGGCCACUCGGUGUUGGCAUGAAGAUGAAGAUUUCUUGGCUAAAGAUAAAAUUGCAGAAUGGCUUGGUGGCAUUCAGAAUGAGAUAACAUAUUUGUCCAGAGGACGGAUCAACAAGCUUGCAUUGCAAAAUUACGUCGUCUUCUUCAAUUUUGCAGGCCUUCGCCUCGAUGUUGCCUUCAGACAAUUUUGUUCAAAAUUAUAUUUGAAGGGCGAAACGCAGCAAGUCGAUCGAAUUCUCGAAGAAUUCAGUAGGCGGUAUUGGGAUUGCAACCCGGGGGGGGUGUAUGGAAGCGCCAAUAUUGUCCACGCCGUCUCUUAUUCAUUGCUGCUGUUGAAUACUGACUUACACGUCGCUGAUUUAACUGCACGCAUGUCGAGGAACCAAUUUGUGCGAAACACCCUUACUGCAGUUCGAACACAAUUACAACCGAAUACUAUUGCUCAAGGGUCUUCUACCGACUUGAUCAGUGAAGAUAGCAAUCAAAGCAUACGUGGAGUGUCCUCCGAGCAUACUGAUAAAUAUCGUUCCAAGCGGAGUGAUAGUAUAACGAGCUGGAAUAGCGUGUCCCGAGAUACUGUACUGUCGUCGCCUGCUUUUUCCAUCGCGAGUACCCAGGUAACCACGCCCGGGGAAUCGUCCAACGACAUUCAUGCGCAGGACAUCAAGCUUCCCACUCCUAGCAUAAUGUAUGGACGCGGCUGGGAAGCUGAUAUGGAAAGCUUACUCAAGGAAAUGUAUAACGCCAUCAAGAGCAAUCAAAUUCUGCAGCCGCUUAGUGGCCGGUCUUCGAUGUCAUCUUUAAGUCCAGGAUCUACAAUGUUACGGAAUCGUAGCUUGCGGGGUGGUCAGUCUGAUCGACUAGCGACCCUUAAACGGGGAAGUAUACGUGGUCUACAGUCAAUCUUAAAUCACAAUGGGGUUAGCCCAUACAGUAGUAACAGCAGCAUUGACGGUCGUGUUAGCCCUUCACCUAGUUUUGCAACAUCUGCUCAUGAGGGGAUAUAUGGAUCAAGCUCGUCCUUCUUACAGCCCACAUUAGGGUUCGCUCACAACUUAUCGCAUACUAUCAUCCGCGAGGCAAAAGAAGACGAUGACAGAAGUGUACAUAGUGAACGUUCGGAUUCCACGACUAUCAGCAUCUCUGACGAGGAACUGGCCCUUCUUGGGGCACCCUGGGCUAAGGAAGGCAUGCUAUGCCGAAAGCAUUUUUGGGACUCUAUCGACAAGCGAGCGAAGGACAAAAGCUGGCUAGACGUAUUUGUCGUCAUUCAACGGGGAGAGCUCAACAUGUUCACGUUCGGCGAAAAUGGAUCCGCAGGGUCGGGGGUCUUUGGAGGAGGUAAUUGGUUGGCUAACGCCAACGCUGUUGGGAGUGUGUAUCUCACACAUUCUCUGGCUCAUGCUCUUCCUCCUCCCGGAUACAACCGAAAUCGACCAUACUGUAUGGUUUUGACGUUAUCUGACGGUGGCCUGUACUUUUUCCAGGCAGGCACGGAAGAGCUAGUGAACGAGUGGGUCUCGACGUGCAAUUAUUGGGCAGCUCGGACGAGCAAGGAGCCGCUUGCCGGAGGCGUGUCCAAUAUGGAGUAUGGUUGGAACCGUGUCAUAGAUCCCAUGCAUGGUCGAUCUCAUUCCGAUACGGAAUCUAUGAAAGACGACUCUAUGAGCAUCAUGAGCGGUCGGAGCUCUCAUAGCAGAUUUGGCGGUUGGCGUGAUGGAGCUUCUACGGUCCGGGCUUCUCGUUCACCCUGGGUCGACCGCGUUUACAUCAACGACUGGAAGCCGCCACUGCCACCAACUGUCUCAAGUGAACACGAUGAGGAGACUCAGAUGGAAGCCUUAAAAAAGCAUGUAGAGUCCAUGAAGAAGGACUUGGAAAAACACAAUGAACUGCGAGAGCCUAUGCUUGCUUUGUAUCAAGCGCGAACAACGAAUGUAGUCAAGGCACACAGCAAUUGGGAAAAGAAGUCCAACUAUCUGCUGACAGAAAUAGUGAAGUACGAUUUGUAUAUCGAUUCACUACAGACGGCUAUGACUCUGAGGCUUAAAAAGAGGGGAGAGAAAGCGUUGGAGCGAGCGUUAAACGGUGUAGAGGAGUGUGACUCCAAACAACGGAAGGGACCUGAAGGGACGAUUCAGGAAGACGAGGAGCCCAGUACUCCUGGACCUGAAUAUUUCACUUCAAAAUAUCAUCGUAGGGAAACUGCAGAAGGAGGGGAUGACUGA